UAUACAACAGCGACAAUAAAGACUGUAUCUGUCCCAUGGAGCGAAAAUCGUGCCGUGUUUGGAACACACGAGGAUUAAGGCUUUCUGCACUCGAUUUACCACAAUAUAGCUCGCAAGAUUAGAUGUAAUCUUGUAAAAAGCUAGGUAAUUCCACCUAAAUGGCCUAAGCUGAAUUUCACAUCUAAAGUGAGGAGAACGGGUAUCAGUUGCAAUACUGAGGUAUCAAGAGUUAUCAUUUUGAUGAUUGUCUUUGGCGACUGCAGAUUAAUUAUCUAGGAAAGUUGAUCGGAGUAUCAGCAUUUAUCAUGGCGAAUGAUUUAUCAAGAUCGUUCAAUGGGAGUUGGCAGCCUACAGCUACAAGACCUGAUAGCGUGACACCUACCAGAGAAUAUGUAACAGAGAUCAAUGAGCAGAUGCCUAACAGUGACUUCGUCUCCGACUUGGCUCAGUUCUACCCUCACGCCAGCGACAGCGACAAGCAACGGUGUCUGGAGCUCCUGGCAUCCAUGACCAUCACUGAUCGAAUGACACACCGCGUUGCCAGGGAAACCGAAAAGAAGAAGAUACUUCAGAGACCGAAAACAGCUAUCGGAUCGUACGGGCGGCCUGGGACACCGGGAGCAAGGGUGAAAAAGACGAUGACGUCAUACAGAAGAGAUUAUCCAGCGAAACCUUUUACUCAUCAUCCAAAUGCAAGACCGGGCACGACAGACACCGCCUACCGGACAUCGUUUGACCCCCGAGGACCACUAGGAAUGACCCAUUACAAUGAUGUCCACAACGCCAAGGGGUACAAUAAAGCAGAACCAUACCUCAGGACGGGAUCGUCAUCUGGAGCAAGGAAGAAUAACCCACACCCUUUCGAGUCUUUCAUGGUUUGGAAGUUGCCAAAGGACGCCCUCAGCGACCAUGAGCAGCUUUAUCCCCAUCCCCUGACAGAUCAGAUGAUGGAAGAGAUAAUGAGAGAUAAGUGCCUCUCUACUUAUCAGACAGAUUAUCUUGGUAUACCUCAGGGUUAUCAGGUGCGAACUGCUAUGGAGGACUAUGUCGACUGGAGAGAGAAAGUCCCUUAUAGUCAUGAAUCUACCACCAGAGCAAUAUACCAGGCACCGAAGCAGCAUAAAGAUCUAACUAAUAAUACCUCCCGAUUUGGCUGCAAUAGAAAUAUCAAUAGACCAUCAACAGGAAUAGUUCCGAAUACCACUCGUCAUGAGAUGCAUCUCCGUAAAGCAACAAGCUACGAUCAUUUCUACAAUAAACCAUUCAAACCCGGAACAGAACAACUCAGUAAAGCAUUAGCUAAAGGAAAACUUGACGAGUUCCUACGACUUGCUGAUGAAAAGGAUCGUGAUGCUGUGCAAUCAAUUGUUCGGAAGCUCAAGAAACAACCCGAACCGACAAAGGAAUCACAAGACGCCGAGGAUCUCCGCCUAUCCGGUCUGUCACCGAACAGGCCAGUAACUGCAAAACCUAUACCGAGAUUUAGUUGGCGGUCGUCCUGGACCGGGCCCCUGUAAAUUCACAUGAGCGGUUCCCCUCAUUAGUUGUGUGUUAACAGUUUGGGUAACGAAGACUGAUCAAAGGCCGAGUGAGCGUUUCAUCAACAUUUACUAUUUUCCGCUGUCAACUAGGAAAGAUGCCAUAUUUGACAACUUUCCAUAAUUUUGAUUGGCUGAGGAGCACAGUUCCUAUGGUAACUGUCAGAGAAAACAUACUAAGUAGGAUACG